UCGUUACGAGACCUCCUCGAGCCAGGGCCGCACGCGGCGGUAGUACUCCUGGAGCGCGCCGCGCGCGCGCCGCGUGUGGUACUGGUGGACGACGUGGAGCGCUUCGCCGCCCGCGGCCGCGAGCGCGCCGCGCGCGUCGACGUGCGGCCAGUCGUAGUGGCCCAUGGCCACGCUGUGGACGCGGUCCGCGACCGCCUUGACGCGGUCGCCGUCGAAGCCGGCCUCCGCGAGCAUGCGGUACCGUGCGAGGUUCAGCAGCCCCUGGUCGCUCUCCCACGCGCCGCACGCGCGCGCGUACGCCGCGACGCGGCCCACGAGGUCCGCCGCGGCGCCGCGCGCGCCGAGGAAGACGCCGCCGUUCGCGUAGACGCCGCCGAAGGCCUCCUCGACGCGCUCGAGCGGCGCGUCGAGGCCCGGGCACUCGAGCAUGCGCCGCCGGAAGUAGCGCCGGCCCUCGUCGGGGUCGUCGCCGCGGUCGCCGAAGAAGAGCAGGGACGCGGCGGCGUAGCGCCGCAGCAGCUCGAAGGGGUCCCGCUGGAAGAAGACGUCGGAGCCGUCCGCGACGAGCACGCGCGCCACCGAGGGCGGCAGCGCCCGCAGGCACGCCGCGUACCACACGUGCCGCAGGCAGUUGCCCCGGAAGCGCCCGUCCGCGCCCCGCAGCUCCACGCCGCCGUAGGGCCCCGCGCCGACCUCGAAGACGUCCAGGCGCGCGUCGCGCGCGGAAGCCCGCCUCAGGACCGGGUCCACCAUCUCCCGCGACGGCGUGAUGACGCGGACGAGGGCGUCGGCGUUCGCCAUGCGGAAGCUGCCCACCGUGACCUGGCAGCCGCGCCCGUGGCUCGCCAGCGAGUGGCGCCGCGUCGAGACCGCGGCGUCCGCGAAGCAGACGACGAGGAGCGCCUCGUCGGGCGCCGCGCCGGCGAGCGCGAGGAGGGCUGCCCCCGCUAUCGUUCGCAUGCUACAUCGACCGCCGGCGAACGCCGUCCGCGAGCAGCGCAGUGACAUCUGCUGUGCUGCCCUCACUGGGCUUGGACAGGCUGCCCUCACCGAUGCUUGUGGGCUGCCUGCCUUUGCUGGAAGCCCCUGAUGCGCGCGUUGGGCAGCCGUUCGUG